AUGCCACAUGAGAUACGUACCGUUGCCAUUGUUGGUUGCGGCGUAAUUGGUAUGGGCUGGGCCACUCUGUUCCUCUCCCAGGGCUUGAAGGUCAUUGUCACCGAUCCUGCAAAGGGGGCCAGGGAGGCCCUCGAACGCUACCUAGAUCAGGCGAGGCCGUUCUUCGAGAGACAUGGAGAUUUUGAGCAGCUCGCCUCGAAUUAUGAGUUUGUUAGCGAUAUCGUACCGAGAUUGGUUGAAGCAGACUUUGUUCAAGAGAAUGGACCAGAACAUCAAGAGUUCAAGAAAGUGCUUAUGACGACACUGGAUGAGCGCACUAGACCAGGUGUUGUGAUUGCAUCGUCUUCAUCCGGUCUACCGUCCUCGGCAUUCAUUCAGCAAUGUAAGCGAGAUCCGAGCCGCAUACUCAUCGGCCACCCAUUCAACCCGCCUCAUUUGAUACCGUUGGUUGAGGUUGUGCCUCAUCCCGGAACUAGCGAGCAAUCUGUCUCGGCCACAAUGAGGUUCUACCAGUCGCUCGGGAAAAGACCCAUUCUGGUACAUCACGAGGUCCCCGGGUUCAUAUCAAAUCGACUCCAGGCCGCAAUCAACAACGAAGCAUACAGUCUCAUUAGCCGUGGCAUUGUCUCAGCUGAAGACCUCGAUCUGGCGGUUACCCAAGGGCCCGGCCUUCGCUGGGCCCUCACAGGUCCAGUCGCUACUAAUGCGCUUGGCGGGGGAGGCGGACCGGACGGCUUUGUGCGAAGUAUUGAACGGCUGGGGCCAUCCAUCCGAGCCUGGGAGGACGAUAUACUAGAGCAUAGGUUUGACUGGAGUGAGGAAAAGUUGUCCACGCUGCAGGAUAAAGUCAAGCAGUGGCUGGGGGGCAUUGACUGGUCCAAUCUGGUGGAGGAGAGAGACUCGACCCUAAUGCAACUGCUUGCAGCGAAGAGCAAAACAGCUUCUAUGUGA